GCGGCUGGUUGUGUAUCGUGCUUGGAGAGCGACGCACUGUCCGUCGCGGUCGAGACGCUACGCGGCCUGUCGCCGUUCCUCUGGGUUUUUGGAUGACAAGGAACAACGCGAUGGAUUCGACGAUCGUCCGCGACCAGUCGACGGCGUCGUCGACGACGUUCGCCGCUCGCCGACGUCGGGACUUUUGAACGCGCGGAAAACGCGCGUUUAUUUACUCGGGGUGACAGUGAUAGACGACACGUCGCUUGCUUCGCGCGUAACGCGCGAUGUAAAUAACACUGCGACAUAAUUGCAUUAUCCUCUCGUAAACGCCGCACGCGCGCGUUUCGCCGAUCGCGCUGGAGGAUGAUGAGCUUUGCAUCGGAUUAUUAAGCGAACGGUACCGCGCUACUACUGUGGUCUAGCCAGUUUUUCCACCGUUCUCCAGAGGUCCGUCCGUCAAUCAACAACGCUCUCAUCAACGGCGAUCAUCCUACGGAAGCGGCUCCUUGAAAUUCUGGCGGAAAGGCAUCAGAGAGUGCGGUGAAGAUGAGUCCACCUUGAUCCGGCGAGCAUGACUUCCACAAUGGGACUGCAGCAGCAGGCUGCGUCCCAGGACACGGUGGACUUCGCCGGCUACCUGCAAUCCACACAGUGCCAUCAUGGAAAUCAAGCGGAAGGACAGGUGCAGAGUUGUCAAAAAUCAACACAUCGCGAGCACAAUAGCAGCUUCACCAGCACGAAGGGUCUGCUCAACGGCCCCGGCCAGAACAAUUGUUUCCUCAACAGUGCUGUACAGGUCUUAUGGCACCUCGACAUUUUUCGACGGAGCUUCCGAGAGCUUUCUGGGCAUGCUUGCAUGCGGGAAUCCUGCAUCUUCUGCGCACUUAAGGAUUUGUUCUCGCAGCUGCAAUUUUCGCAAGAAAGCGCGCUGCCGCCCGACACGCUGCGCCGCGCCUUGGCCGAAAGCUUCCUCGAUCAGCAGAGGUUCCAGCUCGGCUUCAUGGACGACGCUGCGGAAUGUUUCGAAAACAUCCUCUUACGCAUACACCUGCAUAUCGCCAGUGGCGAGGCCGAGGAUAUGUGCAGCGCGAGGCAUUGUGUGCCGCACCAGAAGUUCGCUAUGACUCUCGUCGAGCAAAGCGUCUGCGGGGCUUGCGGUGCAACCUCGGAGCCACUGCCUUUUACACAAAUGGUGCAUUACGUGUCCGCGUCGGCACUGACGUCGCAGGCUCGCCAGACGUCGCCGAGUUCCAGAAACAGCCCGGACCUCUUCGGGCAACUUCUCCGGAAGGCUGGCGGGAUGGGAGACAUCCGCGAUUGCCCGAGCUCCUGCGGAGCGAAAAUUCAAAUAUGCCGGACUCUGAUGAAUCGACCGGAAAUAGUUUCCGUCGGUGUCGUCUGGGACAGCGAGCGGCCAUCGUUGGAGCAUAUCAUGGACGUCUUCGCGACUGUGGGCACAUGCCUCCGGCUCAGCGAUGUCUUCCACAGCGUCGUAGACUCCCGAUGGGGCGCCUCCACUGUGCAUAAUCUCGUAGGAGUGGUCACCUAUUAUGGGAAACACUAUUCCACCUUCUUUUUUCACACGAAGUUAAAGGUGUGGAUCUACUUCGAUGACGCCACUGUGAAGGAGAUCGGACCUCGGUGGGAGCAAGUGGUGGAGAAGUGCAGGAGAGGCCGUUACCAACCUCUGCUGUUGCUGUACGCAACGCCCGCCGGAACUCCCGUUAAUACCGAGAACGCUCCAAAAACUGUUAUCCCUUUUCCGAACGGGAAUGGCCUGAAGACGUCCCCGAAGAACAACGUUCGCCGUUCCAUUACACCUAGUCCUGAGAAGCCAUCCAUCAACAGCACUGCCAGGCGUGCCAUCACACCCAAUCCUGACAGUCCGCCCCAUCUUUACACUCAGCGAAGUAUUUACAGCGACUAUCAGAAUCUCACCGACAUCCAAAACAACAUAUUCGGCAAUCAGGGUGUGGACGUAGUCGACGGCGAGGUGGAGUCGAAGUAUAUCAGUCGCCGCACCGUGGAGAACGUGAUGCAGCAUCAAAAGAAGCAGCAGAUGCAACUGACGCGCAGUCUAAGCGCCGGCUCAGCGCCGCAGGACGGAAUCAGCAUUCUUGAUCACAUGAAUGUGCCCCGAAGACGAGAUUCCGGCAAUUGGUCCGGUGACCGGAACAGCGCGUCUUCGAGCUCCUCGACCACCAUGGACAACCCGUACCUUUACAUCGUCAACAAGAUGCAAAGAAACUCGGGUGUACCCAAGAGCCCCACCAGCAAGUCCGGGGAACUGUCGAGCAGCAGCAGUGGUCAUUACGACGCCGGCUACGACUCGUAUUCUUUGUCUUCUACGGACAGUCUUCCGCUUCAGCAAGGCCUGAAACAUAACUUACAGCUUGCUCAAAUACCAGAGGGCUACCAACCGUCUUCCGGCGACGACUGCGAGCGGUUGUGCAAGGAAACGGACGCGCUGUUGGACAAGUCGCGCGCGGCUGAAGAUGCCGGCGAUCUCAGCACUGCCGUGGCGCUGUGCAGCGCGGCCAGCAGCAAAGCCAGAGCCGCGAUGGACGCCCCGUACAACAAUCCUCACACGAUCACGAUAGCGAGAAUGAAACACAACACCUGCGUCAUGCGGAUGAGGAGUUUGCAUCGGAGGAUGCUGCAGGAACAGGCAACCGUCAAUGGCGACAAGGAAGAAGGGGCACCGGAAGGAAAACACUCCCGAGAGAACAGCAAGUCGAGUCAACACUCGAGGCAGAGCUCGCGGGACAAGGGUAAUCAUUCUCGACAGAAUAGCCGGGAGCUCCUGGUGAACGCCGCGCCGACGGUAGUGGACAAGCCUGCCACGAAGAGCAUCGAGAUUUACGCGACUCUACCGAAGAAGAAGACUCUACGUAGCAAAGCGACGGCAGUGAACGUCAUCGAGGACGAGGAAUACAUGCUGUACGAUCGCCCGACGCAGAGGACCGGUUUGUUCAGCCGCACGAAACGUUGCGAGGACGACAAGAAGGACAAGAAGCGCGCCAGGAGCGAGGAGAGGAACAAAAACGUAUCGAAGGACUUCUCGAUAGCACCGUCCAGAGCAUCGCCGUCGCCAAAAGGUACGAAGAUUGAGAAGCCGAAGGAAAACGUCGAGGUUAACACGUCUACUGUGAGGAGCGUACAGCCUAACAACAACGCGGCCGUGAUAGAGCAGAAGCAGGGCAAAAAGCAGCACAAAAUUCGCAGGAAACUGCUGAUGGGCGGAUUGAUCAAGAGGAAGAACAGGAGCAUGCCAGAUUUGCGCGAAGGGCAAGACGGCCAAGCGAACGAGAACGCGGAGGGAACCUCCAACACCUUGCCUAAGCAGUCAGUGGACGAUUCCAGCGUCGGUUUGAAGGGCAACGACGUGAGUCAAUCGCUGAGCGGCUACCUCUCGGAAGGACACCUGGAGUUUGCCGGAAAUGGCGGACCAGGGAACACUAGCAACCCGAAUCUCGAGCGAAGCCGGCUGAUGAGGAAGAGCUUCCACGGCAGCGCCGGCAAAGUGUUACACGUGGCGAAGGUGCCUCCGCCCCCUCCGCUCAGGACCACUUCUCAGCUUAGCAAGUCUAAGUGUUCGGGCGAAGUGCACGAGCAGCAAUCCGACAAGACUGCAUAUCCUUUGCCCGACGGUCAGUGUACAGCCAACCAGUCGCAGGAUCAGAACGCUGCUUAUUGGAACCACAUGAGCACUAAUAACUCGUCUAAUGCGUCCAACAGGAACUCCAACUAUUCCGAUUACUCGUCAGAAUCACAUUCUCUUCCAUUCCUACCGUCCUACAACGAGCAGAGUGCUAAUGUCGCUGGCACCUGUCAAACGAACUACAACAGCAAGCCUAGGAUCCAAGACGACGUUGUGCAAUACGCCAACGGCAUACUCUACGAGCCGACCUUCGUCGUCACUCGCGCCGACGUGCACAACGAGCAGAGUCCCUCUAAGCAACAGUCCCAGUUGGACCCUUUGCCACCUUACCCCGAAAACGGAAACACCUCGCAUUCGAGGCAACCGAGUGAGGACUUCCCACCACCUCCGUAUCCAUCGAUUCACUCAGUGUCGCAUUCGAGACAGGCCAGUGAGGACUUUCCGCCGCCACCGCCGCCGAUCGACGAACCGAUUCAUCUUCAGGAGACGCAGCAGCAUCAAGUCUCCGUUCAGCUGCAGCAACGUCCGCAGCAAUUCGAGGCGCAGCAGAUCAGCAGUCUAUUGGCGCAAUUACAGAGCAAAAGGGAGCAGAUCUUGACUGGCGAAUUGAACGACGAGAAACGGCCGGAGGAGCACGAGGAAGAGGAGAAGUCGUCCAGCGAGACGUGGCUGAGAGAGCUGCAAGCUAAGCAGGCUGAGAGAAAGAUGAAGAGGCAAGGAUCCCUGGAUCAAGAUAUUCCGAAGGUGAGAACACCGACGAUUCAAGGAUCAACCAUUGCCAGGCGAACCAGCGACUUGAUGAUGAACAGUCUUGGACAGGGAUACGAUCAAGUAGGUCGCGACGUCACAGACUGUCCACGAGUAGUCUCCUCGGUGAAGGACAUGGCUGCCAGAUUCGAGCAGAUCAAACUGCAACCGACCUCGAAAUCAGAGGUGGACAUAAAAGUCCAGGCAAAGCAGAGCACGAACUGCUUGUCCCCGAUGCUAUUGUCGUCCGAUGUUCCUCAGGAAGUGUCAACGGUGGAAGAGACGAAACCGGCCAAAUUAUCAUCCGAGAAUCCGACAGCUUUCGCGAAGGCGGAAGUCCCGCCUUCUCAGUCGGUCUCGAACUCCGGCUUCGAGUCGAACUCAAGCCAAAACACUUUUAUCUCGCUGGUACCGCCGAACAAUUCCAGCGUUCAACAGAGCGGGCUAAAUGCGGCGAUACUGUCGAUGUCCUUGACGCUACCGCAUGAGAACGGCUUGCCUGUUGAUUAUCCGGAGGACGACAUCAGCGAGGUGGCGAUGCAGAACACCAUUCAGAACACAACGAUCUUGCCGAACGAAGAGGACAUUGCUCCGAGAAAGGUGAAACGGCGGAUGGGGAAGAAGAAAAGCGUGUCUUUCUGCGACCAAGUAGUGCUCGUAGCCACAGCGGAAGACGACGAGAAGGACUCAUACAUACCCAAUCCUAUCCUAGAGAGGGUCCUACGUUCAGCGAUGAACAAACCGGAAACUGCCCAAGUACUGCGAGAAAUCAGAAGCCUCCAAGAGGCAGAGAUGAAUCGCGAGAACACUGCCACAAAGUUCCAGCAGCAGACUCUUCCUUUGAAGAGCGAAGCCGACAGCGUGCCAGCGACACCCUUCCAGGAUCAGCUAAGGAGCGUUAAUCCGAUACUAAUCCCAGAUACCAUCAAGCCCACGUUCGGGCGACAGAAUUCGAGCGACUCGAUCGGCUCGUUAACGGAUAAGAAGCCUUACGGGAACGAAGGUAAAGACGUGGUCAGAGAGACUUACUCCAGCACACCGGUCAACGGUACCACGAAACCCGCGUCGUACUCGCCGCAGCUGCAGCAGCCGAUCAGGUACAUUCAGAAUGGAUUUCCGCCGUUCGUGCAGUCGCUAUACCCGCAGACGCAGACGUCUCAUCCACGGAAUCAGGCUAUUCCUCAGUCGCAAGCCCAGAAACCAGCCAGCCCAUAUCCCACGCAAGUACAUGGCCAAUACAUCCAGAACGGUAUCCAGCAGGCGAAACUGUUGCCGAAAACCUACCCCAUUGGGACGUAUUAUCAGCUGGAGCAGCAGCACAAUCAGAUAAACAAGCAGGCGAUCGUGCAGCCGCAACAGAACACCCUGAGCCAGAGAAUCCCGACGCACAACGCUAGCCCGAUAACCGUGCAGCACUCGCAGCAGCAGCAACAGCAACAGCAGCAGCAGCAGCAGCAGCAGCAGCAGCAGCAGCAACAACAGUUCUCGUAUCCUCCCAAUCAAUCACCAGGUCCGUAUCAAUACGGUCAAUUUCCCUAUCCCUACCAAAUUGUUCCUCCGCAAAGUAGAAUGACCCAACCGUUGCCGCAGUACCAACCACCGCCCAACCCUCCAGCUACGUCUUACCAACAACAGCAGCAGCAGCAGCAGCAGCAGCAGCAGCAACAACAACAACAACAACAACAGCAGCAACAGCAAAACACAGUGAAUUAUCAACAGAGACACGACAGUUAUCAGCGGCCACCUCAAAAGGUAGAUCAGCCAAACAUCCUGGGUUCCAAUCAGACUUAUCCGAAGACCGUUCAAAACGGUCAGAUACAGUCGAACAUGAAGUAUCCCGCCUACCAACACCCACCGCUGCCCAAGCAGUUGCACUUCGCUAUGUCCACCGCGAAAGUCGUCUCGAUGACGCAACCGAUAAUGACGCAGUCCACUAUGCAGACGCCGACGAGCAUCGUGGCCACCGUGAGGGCGUGCGUGAAUCCGUGCAACCUCUGCCGGAAGAGAACCGUGCUCGAGCCUACGCUCUACUGCACGGACUGCGACUUCUACAUGUCUCGCUUCCGCGCGGGCAACAAAGCCACCUGAGCCACCUGAAUUUCUCGUACGGACGGUUCGUCGACCUCAUCGAAUGUCAUACCUCUUCGGCGAAAGGCCCAAGAGAAAAUCGUCUUCUCCGUAGCGAGUUAAUUGAUCGUCGUGCCAACAAGAUUACAAAGUGUUAGCGUAGACGAAAGUCUAAAUCUCCUUUACAUUUUCUACCGUCGUGGUGCGAAAUGCCUAUUGCAUUUUUUAAAAGUUCGUAUCGCGUACGAUUGCAAGUAUACAAUACUGAGGAUUUGAACUGUAAACCCUAAUGCGUUCACUUUUCGCAUGCUGGGAGCCGACGCUGCAUGCAGCCCAUGAGAUUUUUUAGGUUAGGAAGGGAGAUUUUCUCAGCGUUAGAGGCAGGAAAAUUUAGACGUAAAAUCGGUAUAUAGUGAUUCGUUAAGUUUUUAGGUGACAUUCGAUGGAGCAUUCGGAUGAACGUUCCGUUGUUUUAAUUUGUACAAAUAUCAGAUAGUAUUCGUUUGAUGGAGACCCUCGUCGUGCAGCUACUAGAUAUACUCGCUUGUACAAUACUAGUAUUAUUUUUUACAACUUGUGUUAAGUUUUCGUGUAGAACGACUGUACUUUACAUUGUAUUGUAGAUGUACUUCGAUGUGCUCAGCGAAUUAGAUGACUGCUAUUGUAAUGUGCAGAUUCUAGCAUAGCUUCAUACACAAUGUGUCACACACUUAAGGUUUCAUAUGUUAUAAGAAAACAGCGAAUUUCUACGUCGACGUGUCUGAAUUACUGCGUUCUUCAUACCUAUAGUGUAUCUACUUUCAUUUGUACAUAGACCCGUCUCAUCAUGAACUUCAUUAAGAUUUGUAAAAAUGAAUCAUUCUAUAAGUUAUAGUCGAGAGUACCACACAUUUCUUACGUACUUCACUUUUUGUCUACUUGUCUGUUUCUCUAGCGCAUAUCGUACUUUUGUUGCAGAGAUAAAACGCCGGAAUUGUGAUACUAGCCAUGCUACGUAGAAUUUAUUGUUAUGGUAGAAAAUAUAUCACACGUUGCGAAAGGAAAUUUAAAUAGAAAGUACGUGAAACUUGAUCUCUGAGUACGCGUGGAGUUUAUUUUACGUUAACAGUUUUCGAAGUUACGUCGUAUGUAUGUACUUAUAUAUAAUAUGUUACAUUGUAUUAUCUCCUAAGUGUUAGGUACAUGUAAAAAAACAUCCAAUUUUUUACUUUUUGUAUGAGUAUUUUGUUUUAAGAAAUACUUCAUUUUGACCUUUUGUGACAUAAAUA